CUUCACGACGGUCCACAGUGGCACUUCGGCAGCCGGGAGGGGAGGGUUCUUUUGUCAAUAAAAUUGUGUUCUAUUAAACGCAAGGUCUGAUCGAUGUGAAAAAAUCCAAGAAGCCGGACGUCCUUCGAAGUAUCACCAAAGGGGACGUUUCUUCUCGUUUCAGUUGAACAGUUUUCCAAGAUGUCGACCUCUGCGAUAUAUAUUUUAGACGUGAAGGGUAAGGUUCUGAUCUCACGUAAUUAUCGUGGAGACAUAGAAACAGGUGUGAUCGAGAAAUUCAUGCCCCUCGUUAUGGAACGCGAGGAAGAAGGCAAUCUCACUCCUAUCAUUCAAACUCCCGAAUGUACAUACGCCUAUAUAAAGUACAACAAUCUGUACAUCGUCUCGACGACAAAAAAGAACGCCAACAUCUCACUGGUAUUUGUAUUCCUGCACAAACUGGUUCAAGUGAUGCAAGAAUACUUCAAGGAAUUAGAAGAAGAGAGUAUCAGGGACAAUUUCGUUGUCAUUUACGAGCUGCUGGACGAGCUCAUAGACUUUGGCUAUCCACAAACCACCGACAGCAAGAUUUUACAAGAGUACAUCACCCAAGAGGGACACAAACUCGAGAUCCAACCGCGAAUCCCCAUGGCCGUGACCAACGCCGUUUCCUGGAGGUCAGAGGGUAUAAAAUACCGUAAGAACGAAGUGUUCCUCGAUGUGAUCGAGUCCGUGAAUCUCCUGGCGAACGCCAAUGGGAACGUUCUCAGCUCCGAAAUAGUAGGUGCCAUCAAGAUGCGAGUCUACCUGUCCGGAAUGCCGGAGCUGAGGCUCGGGCUCAACGACAAGGUCCUCUUCGAGUCCACGGGACGCGGCAAGUCGAAGUCCGUCGAGCUCGAAGACGUCAAGUUCCAUCAGUGCGUCCGGUUAUCAAGGUUCGAAAACGACAGGACGAUUUCGUUCAUUCCGCCUGAUGGAGAGUUCGAGCUGAUGUCGUACAGGCUGAACACGCACGUGAAGCCGUUGAUAUGGAUCGAAUCCGUCAUCGAGCGGCACGCUCACAGCCGAGUGGAAUACAUGAUAAAAGCGAGGUCGCAGUUCAAGAGGCGGUCGACGGCCAACAACGUGGAGAUAGUGAUACCCGUGCCGAACGAUGCGGACUCGCCGAAGUUCAAGACGACCAUCGGCAGCGUGAAAUACUCGCCGGAGCAGAGCGCGAUCACCUGGUUCAUCAAGUCGUUCCCCGGCGGGAAGGAAUACCUGAUGCGGGCGCACUUCGGCCUGCCAUCCGUCGUCGGCGAGGACGUCGAGGGCAAGCCGCCGAUUCAAGUGAAGUUCGAGAUUCCGUACUUCACUACGUCCGGGAUCCAAGUGCGUUAUUUAAAGAUCAUAGAGAAGAGCGGGUACCAGGCGCUACCAUGGGUCAGGUACAUCACUCAGAACGGGGACUACCAAUUGAGAACGAAUUAAAAAAAUUCUUAACGUACAGAAACCGGAAAUACAGAAGUGAGAACUGAUCGUGAACGAAUUCAAGCCUAGCUGUUUCGUGAGUCGAUACUGAGAAUUAUGAUUUUAUUAGAUAGCAGAUAGAAUUUACGGUGUUCUAAUCAGUCUGGUGUUCGUUUGACCCAAGGUUGAAAUCGUUUGCAAUUUGAAUACUCGUUUAUAUCUUGUACAAAUGGACGCUACUGAUCUUUUAGAGACGUUUACAAUCUCCUUUGGUGUAAAUCGCGCGAGGCGCAGAGUACUUAAUUUAUUGCAAAACGUUAGAAAUUGCAUUUUCUAUAUACAGGGGUCAUUGUAUGUCCAUUGCAGACAAAAGGGAAAUUGUAAAUAUUUAGAUCGAAUGCUAAACGUUUAUAUAAAAUUGUUAACGAAUUAAUAAAUGUUCUUCUGUAUUAAAUUAAGAUCGAAUAGUAUUACGUUAAAACCAUUACUGUAUUUCAGUACGACAGUGGAUAAUAAUUAUUGUAAACGAUGUAUUAGUAAUUUAAGCCACGCAAGAGACAUAUUAAAUUUUUAACCAAAAUCA